AUGAAGCACCCUUCUUUUAAUGAUAUUGCAUUUUCAGAAAAAAUGAGUGAAAGUAAAGGGGGAAGCGGAAAACUGCGUUGCAGUAAGAUGCAGGUGACCCUGGAUAUGUACAAGGAUGACCUGAAGAGUAAAUUAGGUGAACUGAGCGGAGAUGGAAAUUUGGCAGAUGACAUUUUACCCUUGUGGUGUUGCAUAUCUGACAAAUAUGAUUGGAAUAUCGAUACGACAGAUUCGUGUCAUCUUUUAUAUUAUACUGUCGGAAGCAUAAUAUAUAAACAAUUAAAGAAUGAAGAAUCAUUUGAUAGUAUUAUGGAAGGAGUACACCAAUCAUUAGGAUCAAUGUUAAGUGCAGGUAAAUGUAAAGAUGUGCCAAUUGACAAUGGGAAGAAAUUGUUCAAAUUGAUGAAAAAAUUGUCCGAUUAUAAUUUAUCUCCCAAGGAUAUGUGGCAGGAGGAGAAGAGUUCUGGAAGAGUCAGCUGCAGCAGAUGUACUAAUUAUUUAGGCAAAAUUGCUGAAACUUGUACAAAAGUGAAGACGUUUUGUGGAAGCACUCAGAAUCAGACCGAUUGUGCAGAAAUUGAAAUGGAUGAUGGUGAUGAACGCAGCCCUGGGUAUGUGGCACAGUUGAUAUAUAGUAUAAUUCCAGAACCACGGAGCACAGCUGAACUUGAUGGGGAUUCUGAAGCCCAAACAAGUUCAUCAGAAUCAGAAGGGGCGAAUUCUUCUGGGAAUAUCAUCAAUAAUAUUUCUUAUGGAUUACUUACAGUUUCGUCUGUUUUAGUUACUUUUUUUUUCUACAAGUAUAUUUCUUUAUUUUUUUCCUUCCCAAGACGUAAAUCAUCUAAUGGUCGCAGCGGAAGGAGCAAUAGAUGGGAAGGAAGAGGGAGGUUUGUCUCACAUAACUUAGACAACAGAACGGAGGAUAUAGGAACUGGGACGGAGUACGAUUCUUCUACCGAAUAUUAUACAGAAAAUUCAACAGUAGCAGAUUAUGCUUCCACUGUAGAGGAUUCCACAGAAGGGUCAACGAUCGAUUCUACCACAUUAUAUUCUGCCCUAUACACUACACGAAGCAAGAAAAAGGGAAGUAGUGAGCACCAACAGAGGAAAUAUAGAAAUAAUAUAGCUUAUCAUCGUAUGUAG